ACGGCUUUGGAAACAAUAACAUUUUUGUAAUUCACAAAAUAUCUUUGAAUAUUUUCUCCUGGUUUACAUUAAAGAUCUGCGAAAUAUACAGUCCACCUCAUAGUUUGUUUCACUAAUUUUACAUCAGGAAAUAUCCAUGGCAACAGUCAACCGCAUGGAACUUUGAUGGAGCCUUAUGUCUUUUUACAAGCUGCUCUUUGGGAAGGAAUACCGCUGACCAUAUCUGUACCACAACCUUCUGGGCCAACGAGAUAUGAGGGUAAUGCAGUCGAACCUCCACUAACGACCACCUCUUUACAACAGCCACUUUCCUCUGCUCCCCGGGGUUGCCGCUGUGGAGAGGUCUGACUGUACACUCAUCGUAACGAAUUAAUUAGUUAGAUCGACUAAAUUUGAAGCCGAGCUGCAGCGGGGAAAAGUGUCGGAAAAGUUUGCAUCUUGGAAACUAUCUUUCAAAAAACCUUGUUUAUACGCAAACAACUAAGCCAUAAAUCCUUGAGGCCAAGCAAGCCUAAAAAAAACGGCAACAAAUUCAGAUCAGGUUAUUAUUACACUACCAUCAAUGGUCAGAUUUGUUGGGUGCUUGUAAAACGAGCUUAAAACAUAAUCUUUCCACUUUCAGAAUUUCUGAGCUAUGGACUUGGUAACCCUCCCUCAUGCGACGAGGAUUGCAAGUUUUUAUGGGAUGGCUUUGGCCGCUGGUACAACGGGACCUGGAGACCACAUGUGAAAGGUGAAUACGAGAGAAGAAGAUCUCAGAAGGCAGACAAUAUUGACGAUUUUAAACUUGAUUCCUCGCAAUAUUUAUCCUUUUAACACUAAAAAAUAUCUUGAUAUCCAUGUUGCUUUUAGUUGUUAUUUCCUAAGAUCCAUGUUCAGCCUUUUGGGUUUCUAGGCGUUCGUUGCAUGUUUUGGAGAUACCUCCUAUGUCCAAAUUGCUCUAAUGGCCAAUUUUCUCUGUGAGACGCGCCAGCAGGGAAUCAUAGCAGUUGUAUUCAUCAGGGUUUGGACUGAAUAUUUGUUUUGAUGAAUACAACUCCCAUGAUUCCCUGAGGGCGUGUCUCAUGGGGAGAAUUGCCGUAAUUGGCUGACAAAAAUUUUUUUCCCGUCCUGUAAAUCUUCUCUCAUUCAUUAAUUAAUCAUUUUACAGGUUUGUGGAUGAAACACUCCCCAAGAAAUCGCGAGGGUGUGUUGUGGAUCUACGGGGAUUCUAAUGCGGGGCGAUUUUACCGUUCCAUCCGUCGAACUCCACUCUGCAAAACAGUUUUUCGCGGCUGCACCCUGUCUUACAACUGGAUUUAUCCAAUCAAAAACGCUACAGUAGAGCUGUACCAAAGAAACUUUCUACCAAUAAACAUAACACGCGUCUUGGACGCGAUAGCGAGGGUUAUUCACUUGCCGCAGAUGAAUGACGAGAAAAGCGUCAUUAUUCUUAACCACGGACUGCAUUUUAUUACGUCAACAAACUUUUCGACAUACCGCCAAGUUAUCGAUGGUAUUGUGGACCUGUUUAAAGCGACAAAAGUGAACGAAAAGAGAGGAAUUGAAUUAAAGUUCAAAGGGAAAAUGAUUUGGAAGACAAACGCUGCUAUCCACAGAGAAAGACUAAGAUCGCCACACAACCACAAGCGACGAUUUCUUACUCGACAGCGGGUUCAACUCUACAAUGCGUAUGCUACCUGGGCCAUGUGUAAAGCCGGUAUUGAAGUACUUGAUGUGUACCCACUCACCGCGUCUUUCCCUAACGGGACUGAUAAUAGCGUGGAUCCGUUCGAUAGCGUGCAUUACAAAGACUUGGUCUUCAAACCCGCGGAGGACAUCUUGCUAGAGUACUUUAGUCCCUGGUGGAACGAAGUCAAUCACACAAGCAGACUGACGUAGAAAAUAAACUUAAAGAAAUUAUUUCGUGUAAGACAUACAGCCGUAAUACCAUACUUUCUUUUUGGGUUAAUGCAAAUCAUACAAUACGGUCAAGCCUGAAAACAUUUUUCUCCGAUUCUUUUGCUUUUGUUUUUUUGUAAAACUGUUAUUACAAAAUGGAAUGGCUUUACAGGGGAGAGUGAAGAAGGCAAGAGGUUAAGGUACAAAAUAAGUUGUACGGUUAAACAGCUGCUGAAGGCGUGGUGGCCUAUGCUAAUGUCGGCGCGCUGGAUCCCAAUCACAGUAAAAAGGAUUCGAAUUUCUUGAACAAAUUGGAGUGCAACUACAGAAAAAAUCGCGACGGUUUUCAACCUUACUUUGCUCUCAGUUUAUUACCAAAUAUUAUACAAUCCCGCUUCACACUAAAAACAGCUGAGUAUAGUUAGAACAUUCAUGGUUGUGAAAUAUAGUUAUCCAUGAGUAUAAUUGUAAAUUUCCCAGAUAUUUAGAUUUUAAACUCUGUUAACUAAAAUUACUGCAAACUACCGUUGGCCUGUUUAG